AUGGAAAACACAACAGAUGUCCACAAGGGGGCGCUGUCUCCUGUCUCCACCCCAUUCCUACAUGUUUGUCUGAUUAGAAGAAAACUGACCCUGACCUUGACCCCUGUGUGCAGGCAGGAGGUGGGCGAGCUGGACAAGAAGGCCAUGCUGCGGGGGCCCCUGGGGGCCUCUCAGCAACUGGAGCUGCUCAGUGCCUGUGAGGACCUGCACUCAGCACUAGAGGGCGCCUUCUACGUCCAGGAGUGUGUGUUUGAGGACCUGGGGGUGAAGCAGAGCCUGUUCCAGGACGUGGAGGCCCUGGUGGGCAGUGAUGUGAUCCUGAGCAGCUCCACCUCGUGUCUCGUGCCCAGUGCUGUCUUCUCCCGGGUGCAGACGCCCAGCCGCUGCCUAGUGGCCCACCCGGUGAACCCUCCGUACCUGGUGAAGCUGGUGGAGUUGGUCCCUCACCCUCAGACCUCUGCUGCUGUGAUGGACGCUGCCCAGGCCCUCAUGAACCAGGUGGGGCAGGUGCCGGUGCGACUCAGCAGAGAGCUGGACGGUUUCGCCCUCAACAGGAUCCAGAUGGCUGUGAUCGCAGAGUCCUGGAGGCUGGUGCAGGAGGGGGUGAUCUCGGUCAAAGACGUGGAUCUGGUGAUGUCAGAGGGACUGGGCAUGCGCUACGCUUUCAUCGGCCCAAUGGAAACCAUGCACCUGAACGCACCACAAGGUCUGGGGGACUACAUGCAGCGCUACGGACCCGGGAUCCAGCGGGUCCUGUCCUCGUUUGGACCCACCCCGGACUUCAGCGGGGACCAGGCCCAGGACAUCGUCAAGGAAAUGAAUCGGCUCAUUCCCCAGGAGCAGCUCUCAGCCCACAUCGAACGCAGAGAUCAGCUUCUGUCCCUGCUGUCCCAGAUCAAGAAGGACCACUAG